AGGAAAGGGGGGAUGGGAAGCGAGGCAGGAGGGGGAGGGGCCUCAGCCAGCCCAGAAAAACGACAACGCGAGAAAAAUUAGUAUUUUUGCACUUCACAAAUUAAUGACCAUGAGCUCGUUUUUGAUAAACUCCAACUACAUCGAGCCCAAGUUCCCUCCCUUCGAGGAGUACGCGCAGCACAGCGGCCCGGGCGGCGGAGACAGCGGCCCGGGCGGGGGCCCCAGCUACCAACAGCCCCCAGCGCCCGCGGCCCAGCACCUGCAGCCGCAGCAGCCCCAGCUCCCCCACGCGAGCGGCAGCCGCGAGCCCCCCGCCUCCUACUACGCGCAGCGGGCCGCCCGUGAGCCCUCCUACCCCGCGGCCGCUCUCUACCCUGCGCACGGUGCGGCCGACACCGCCUACCCCUUUGGCUACCGCGGCGGCGCCAGCCCCGGGCGGCCGCCGCAGCCCGAACAGCCCCCGGUGCACGCCAAGGGUCCCGCGCAUGGCCUGCACGCGAGUCAGGUCCUGCCGCCGCCUCCCCCGCAGCAUCGAGCUGCUCCUCCAGCCGCCCCGCGGCGGUGCGAGGCGGCUCCCGCCGCCCCGGGCGUCCCGGCAGGGGGCAGCGCCCCCGCGUGCCCACUGCUCCUGGCCGACAAGAGCCCGCCAGGCCUGAAGGGCAAGGAGCCCGUGGUGUACCCCUGGAUGAAGAAGAUCCAUGUCAGCGCCGUCAACCCCAGUUAUAACGGAGGGGAGCCAAAGCGCUCCCGAACCGCCUAUACCCGGCAGCAGGUCUUGGAGUUGGAGAAGGAGUUUCACUUUAACCGGUACCUGACCCGGCGGCGCCGCAUCGAGAUCGCCCACACACUCUGCUUGUCCGAGCGCCAGGUCAAGAUCUGGUUUCAGAACAGGAGGAUGAAGUGGAAGAAAGAUCACAAACUGCCCAACACAAAGAUGCGAUCCUCAAACUCGGCCUCGGCCUCAGCAGGCCAGCCAGGGAAAGCACAAACUCAAAGCCCGCACCCGCAUCCUCACCCUCACCAGGGCGCCUCCACACCCAUUCCCUCCUCCAUAUAAUGUUCCAGUUCUUUCCCUCACCUUUUCUCCUCUCUUCUGCUUUUCCCAUCCACCCUUCCCCACCCGGAUCAUAAUAGACCCCAAAACAAAACCCAACUUGGUGAAAAGUAUAAUUAAAGAAGAAGAAGAAGAAGACAUUAUCCUAGUAAGAGUAUGAGCUGGUUGCUACCCAAGAGAGGACAAUGACCAAGAUGCUGGCUGGUGGAACAACCUGCUGGCCUGAACAAGGCUGCCAGGUUUGGGUAUCCGAGAAGGACCACUAGGUAUCAAAUAUUUCUGAGACGGCUAAAGUCAGCUGCACAGCCCAUGCUGACAGCAGACAUGUACGUGUAUAUUUGUUUCAAGAGGAAGAAAACAGACCCUUUUCCUGUUUUUCCCACCUCCCCCUCCCUCAUUAAAGGCAGCUCAUACAAGCUUGUAUUGAACUGAAUAAAUGAGUAGACAUUGUGGAUCUCACAAGAUUAUUUAAUUCUCAAAAUGUAUAGACAUUGGUGGUAGAUAUGAUGUGUUAGUUUCCCUUCUUUUCAUUUAUUUAAAACGUUGUAGAGAUAUUGUUGUCUUAUUCUGAGAUACAAUCUCGGGGGAGGGGGAGUGCAUUUAGACCCAUGUGCAACUGUCCAAAUUGUGGUGUGGCUCUAUAGAAAGCCAUAUGCUAAGAAUAAACUCUGUUUAAAAAACAUUAAA